CCGAGAUAUCAACGCUGCCGUGAAUAUGAGAAAAAUCCUCGCAACAUAUAUCAACUCCGGUUACCAGAUCGAUUCAAGACCGGCUUCCCUCAAACGACGCGCACAAGCUGCGCUUGACGACGAAGUCUUGUGGACUAGCCUCCUGAUGCAGACCAGGUCAAGUCUGGGUUGCAAAACCCAAAUGGUUCCUCGGUUGCCCCGCUUUGCAACCCCAAUUCGCCGGAAAAAAAAAGAAAGAAUAACAAUCAUAAACAGCCAACCAUCAUUUAUCCAUAAACACACAUGCAGAUCAAUUUAACAUGCCAUAGGCCUGCUGCAUUGGUUUCAGGCCAAAGGAAACAAAUGCAUUUCUUCAGUCAGACCACCAUCUCUUGGUUUGGUCUUUUUUUAUUUUCUUUUUCUUUUUCUUUCUUCCCUUUUACCCGUGGUUUGAUUUUCGUUAAUCCAUUCAAGCCACCUUUCAAACGUCCAAGUGGCAUGCCCUUGUGCACUCAUCGUCUGCUGCCUUUUCAUAACAAUACAGCUGAGGAUCGUUUGUUACCUCGUAUGACCGACGAUACUCUUUGCAAUGAAGAAUGGGAGCAUGUAUCGAUUUCCAAAAAAAUGAGCCUAGAAUCGUGUGGCAGUGGUUAUCCGAAACCGUCGGUAUUGGGCAUCGCUGAUCGUGCAAUGUUAACUCCGCCGACCGUGGCUACGCCCGUAUCACCCAGGACGACCAACGACCCUCCUCCUGUACCUCCAAAGGAACCGUCGUACUUUAUCCAAUGUGGGCAUCACCGUCGAUCUCCGCAAACUCCUCCUACACCGCCGCCAAAGGAUCCCCAUUACCUUGCGCAAGUAUUUUUCUGAGGACGCAAAUUUUUGUUUUGUAUUGUUCCCAACAACCUGGCCCCACUAACCAUGGAAAAAUAUAAUAGAACAUUUCGACAGUGGACCGUCACGCAUCAAAACACCGUAAACAAGGUC